UGCCACGCCCCGCCCUGUCUCUUACUAUUAGUUGUACCCUGUCCCUCCCUCCCACACAACCUGACACCCACUUGCUUCUUCUUCCUCCCCCUCCUCCCGAUUUCUCGAAUUGGGCUCGCAAUUUUGGUUCCUUGUAUUAGCCUCUUCCUGCACAUAGAGAGAGCAUCGAUAGCAAGCUGAUUAGGCUAGGUAGAUAGAUUAGCUAGCCUCUGCUGCGGCUCUGACCAGAGAAGUAUACAAGCUUGAUUGGGAGGAGAUCGAAGCCAAGAUGAUGCGCGGGAAGGACCAGCGGCCCGCGGCAUUCUCCCCGAUGAGGGAGUCGGUGGCGGCGGCGGUGCAGGAGGAGGUGUGGGAGGUCCGGCCCAGCGGCAUGCUGGUGCAGAAGCGCACCCCGGACUCGGACCCGCCCCCCGGCGGCGCGCCCGUCCCCACCAUCCGCGUCAAGGUCAAGUACGCCGGCGUGUACCACGAGGUGUACAUCAACUCCCAGGCCUCCUUCGGGGAGCUCAAGAAGCUCAUGUCAGAGAAGACGGGGCUGCACCCGGACGACCAGAAGGUGGUGUACAAGGACAGGGAGCGCGACUCCAAGGCCUUCCUCGACAUGGUCGGCGUCAAGGACCGCUCCAAGAUGACGCUGCUCGAGGACCCCACCGCCCAGGCCAAGCGCCUCAUCGAAGAGCGCCGGAAUGCCAAGGCCCAGCGCGCCGCCAAGGCCAUCUCGCGCGUCAGCCUCGACGUCGACAAGCUCGCCUCCAAGGUGUCGGCGCUGGAGACGAUCGUUAGCAAGGGCGGCAAGGUGGUGGAGGCCGAUCUGGUCACGCUCACCGAGGCGCUCAUGAGCGAGCUGCUCAAGCUGGACGCCAUCGUCGCCGAGGGCGACGUCAAGGACCAGCGCCGGAUCCAGGAGAAGCGGGUGCAGAAGAACGUGGAGACGCUGGACGCCAUCCGCGCCAAGAUGACCAAGAAAAACAGUACACCUGCUGCAACGGCCAAUAAGGCCCGGGCGCCGCACCUGCCCCCUCGUCCGCCGCCGGCGCAGCAGCACCAGCAGCGCCGGCAGUUCCAGCCCGCUGCGCCCACCACGGCGACCGCCCCCGCGCCGCAGACCGCGACGGCGAGCUGGGAUACGUUCGACCUGCUGUCCUCCACGCCCUCUUCUUCCUCACCGGCGCCGGUGUCCACCAUGGCGCUGGCGACCACCACCUCGCCGUCCCCGAGGUUCGAGUGGGAGCUCUUCUAGAGGUUGGGACAGGCCCGCCCACCAGCCACAUGCGUGUACACGUUCAUCAGCCUCAUCUCGGUCAUGGCGCGCAUCAACUGUCACAUUGUUCCCUUCUUCUCUCUCUCUCUCUCCAUUCUUUCCUUCCAUCUUUGUUUUUUCUCUUUCGAGUGUAUAUUGAUCUCCUCAAAAAAGGCAACAGCUCCAGUGAUAUGAUUGUGCCCAGCGACUCCCAAAUCCACACGAAGAAGAUACACACACACACCCAUGAUCUCUAGGCAUGCAUGCAUCGGGUGUGCUGUGCUGCAAAUAAGUGGUGGCCUUAUGUUGAUGAAGGAAUUUCCACGGGAAAUUUGUGUAUAGUAUUGUACAGUGUACUACAUCAAAUCAUCAAUUACCAUUAUAUGUGCCUGUCUUA